AGGUAGAUUUUUGUGGUGGCAAUUUGACGGACUACGAUGGUAGAGAUAAAGACCUUUGGACUGACAUUUGUAUUCCGAUUUUCCCUCACAGCAAUGUGCAAUCGACAAUCCUCCAGGCACAGCCAGUCUGCAUCUCAUGCUUGCUUUCCCAUUGGGGCGUCUCCCCACCUACAGAGAUAUGAUCAUUGCUAUUUGUCAAGCAACCCAGCCCAGCCAUCCAGACUACUUGAAUCUGAUGAGAGCUUUGGACAUAGUCAACAUUGUUGCGAGUGAGCUCAGGGGCGAGCGGCUCGUCGCGCAGGACCAGCUGGCGCUCUGGGAAAUCCAAUCCAAUACGAUAGGGUUACCCGAGCCCAUCAUGAUCCCAAAACGUCGCCUGAUUCUGCGAGCAGAUUUACAUAAGGUUGACUCGUCCCUGGCACUGGAACCUCGAACAUAUUAUCUCAUGAACGAUGUCCUGCUGUACUCGCGGUUUGAUCCUAAGAAGAAUACCUACACAUUCAAGGGAAUGUUCGACUUGGCUAAGACGCAGAUCAACAACCCUGAGGACAAUGUGACACUCCCACAGCUCCCCAACUGUAUCCAAAUCGCCAACGCAGGACGCAAACAAAUGAUGCGCUGCAGGAGCCGAGAGGAGCGCGACUAUUGGAUGGAGACCAUGCGUCAGGCUGUCGAUAUUGUCAACAAGAGCCUGUACGACCCCUCCCAGGCAAUAGGCGAUUUGCUGCCCCUGCGCGAGUACGCUAGCUCGAUCUCUUCAGAUUCCUCAGGGCACAAUCUUGGAGCCGGCCCCAAAACCAGCGGCAGCAGCUUCAACAAGACCUUGCCGGAUUCGCGGUCGAUCAACUCCAAAUCUAGCAACGAGACCCAGAAUUCGAACAGUAAGCCCCGGAAACCGAACCCACAAGCAGACUUUUAUGGAUGCUCGUUUGGCACGGAUGUCAAGGUCAACCCGAACGAGGAUAAUUACAAGUCGAGUCCUUUGGCAUUGAGCAAAGCCUUGUCGAACAAUUCGUCCUCAUCCUCGGUCUCGACAGGAGCAACGGCGACAUCGUCGACAACGGCAAAGACCAAUGGCAGUAAUCCACAGUCGCUGGGCUCGAUGUUGGCCGCCAUUCCUGUGGAUCAGUUGACGCCAAAGCAGGCCAAGGCCAAGGCGGCACUGGCGGCGGCCGUCGAGGCCAGGAGACAGGCGCGUCUAAAGCAGGAGGCGAAGAACGGAGGUCCAGCAGUUAAAGCGGAGAUGAAGAACGUCAACUUGGAUUUCUCGAGUUCUUUCAUUCCAGCCAAAGAGCGUAUUGCAAAGACCAUGUCAUGAAGAGGGGUUUUUUUUAUCCGUCGCGAUCCCUUUGUACAGAGAGGGCUUUCCUUCCAGUUUUCCCUCCUCGUAAUUGCUUAAUGUUUAUAGUCUUUCGAUCAUCAAUCAUCCAUACCAUUCAUACCAUUCAUUCUCAUCUUUGUUGCAGGCAUAGUUACCAUUAAGUAUUCAUAAUAAAGACCCCAGCGAAGCA